GCCUGUUGCUCGGUUUGUUGCCAAACUGCAAACCUCCGCCCGAGCAAUGUGUUUUUGAUGAUGCGGCAUGUUUACCUUCUCAUCUUACUGUUGCAAAGGUCCUUUGCACAGCGAGCAUAUCUGUGCGACAGGAUAAAUUCCAUCAAGAAUGGUUCGAUGAGCCAGGAGGAUGGGCUGCGGGGGGUUCAUCUCCACAUUGGCAGUGGCAUCUAUGACACGCGUUUCUUGAGGCGGGACGAAUCCAAUGGGCGGACUCGAGAUUGAUAUCCUCAAUGAGCUUGGGCUUCGUGCAGGCUUCACCUACAGCAUGGUGAUACAUGACUGGUCCAACAUCACCAGCUUCAAGAAAGCUCUUGCCGAACGGAUCAUGUUGCAAGAUAUGAUCACCUAUGCCUACUGGUUCAUCACUCCGGGCCGCAUGGGCAUCGGAGCAUAUAGCCCCUACGGCUUCCUGGAGGCGAUGCUCUUCGCUGUGGUGGUGCCGAAGGAGAAAAGCAUGUUCUCCUUCGACGAGAUUUUCUCCUUCCUCACGCCGUUCAGCCCAGCCGUGUGGUUUUGCUUUCUUGGCUUGAUGAUUGGAACAGGCUUGAUGUACCGAUUUCUGGAAACCUCCAAUGACGAGGAUUUCCCGGAAGGCAGAGGACUCUUUGACAUCCGGAAUUUCUUGGAUUCUAUCUUCAAGUCCUCGGGGCAUAUCACGGGUGCUUCGGGCUUCGCGCCCAAAACUUGGCCUGGAAAGGUUCUUCUGAUGUCUUGGACCUGGUGCAUCGUUUUGACCCUGUCAGCCUACACGGCGAACUUGGCAUCCUUCCUAGUGAUGAAAGCUGAAAAUGCUGCUGGCUUCUCAAGCUUAACGUCUGCGGUGCAGCAGAUGAAGAAGGUGUCAGUCGAACGAGGGGGACCAGUGGAAACAUGGUUCCAAAACAACUAUCCGGACUACCCGGAGCUGCAAUCCGUUCCAUUGGUGCCAGAAGAACGUGCUCUGAAACUGACGAAUCAAGAGCACGACACCGGGAUUUUCGCCAAGUUUGAGGUUGAUAUGCUGAAACAGAGGCCGAACAUAAAUCCACACUGCAAUAUGAAGACCAUUGGGGAGCCUUUGCUGAACAUCCAAGCUGGCUGGAUGGUGGGCAAUGACGUGAACGAGAACUGCACGAUCUUGGUCCGAGACGUCCUGGCAGUGUGGUUUGUCCGCAUGGAUUUGGACGGGACGCUGUCCAGGCUCACCAAGAAGUCUUUGACACCGGUUGAAUAUUGUCCAGAUGCGGUGGAGGAGGCACCGGCUGGAGCUACUCGACUGGAGUUUGAGAACAUGCUCGGCAUAUUGAGUGUCCACGGGGCCGGCGUGGUGGCUGCCCUGAUCCUCUUCUGUGCUGGCAGAGCGAAGAGGAGGAUGCCAGACAUCCUAACACCUAGGCAUCGUGGGACACCUGCAGAGAGGAGCGAGGAGGCCCUGACUGAGAUCACUUAGAGACCAAAAUCAACCCUCUAGCCUUUUGAGACGGGCUGGAAAUAUUGUCCACAACUCUUGGAUAUGCUUACUAUAUCUUGAUAUUUCAUUACCGUAUUUUAUUUAUGCUGUAUAUAAACAUGAAUAACUUAAUAGAUAUAUGGAUUAUAUGGACCAACUUGUCAUUUUGUGCAUUCGCAUGUUUCUGCUGAGUUUGAGGUUGUUUUUUCCAAUCCUUUACAAUCUGUACUUUGUCUUUGAGCAUUUUUCACAAUUCCUGGAUUCAAACAUUAAAAUCCAGGAACUUGCAAAGGCCCUGCAAGGUAAUCCGGCCGUCCCCGGAUCGAAGAAGGUACCAAAUGAUGCGGUAUGAUGCGGUAUAGAUAUAGUUACCUGCUUCGGAGCGCCGCCUUCCGCAGCGAGUUGCUGCCAUUUGCUCGUUCUGCAUUCCUUGUCGGCUAUCUCUCGCGGUCGCCUCAUCCGCGUCACUCCCUCAAUAACUUUGUUUACGCAUUUCAUAAACAUGUGUUGACAGAGCUGUCUAUGUGCUCACGGCCAUGAACAAUGAUACACUUGGCAAAGGAGAAUCUUUUUGCCAAUGGAGAACAUUUUAUAGAAAAAAGAACAUGGAGGAAAGGGGACUAUGGUCAAUAUCGCAAAAGAAGGAAUAAGAUGGUACGCUCAUACAGUGUGACAUAGAGUGUGAGGUCGAGGCCCUGACAAAAAGGAAGGAAACCAUUGGAAGGAGGACAUGUUUGCAAGGAAGAUACUUUUGUAAGGACAAGAACAAGGUGUGGAUACAGGAUGGGAUUCUAUUAGUGGAGGACAUGUUCAUGGAGGCUUUAGUGACGCAUAGAUUGCCUAUUUCCACUCAAGACGCAAUUACGCACAAGUAGCAGCACCUAACAUGUUUGCAUGGAGAAAGCAAUAUUUGAGAUCUUUGGGAGUCUUAGCAUAGAUUGGGUC